CUAAAACCGUUAGAGUGUAAAUGUAGUAAUUAGGUUAAAAUAAUCUGCAGACGCAUGUGCUGUUGUGGUACAUCAACAACUGAGAAUUCUCAGUUUGGUUCGUGACGUCUGUUUUCCGGGAAGUGAUUAUUCUACUAGGUACGUUAGCAUGUACUGCUUUAUAACUACUAGGAAACCGUAAGCUCUAUGAGAAGAUGUGGAAAGAGAUACAGUGUUAAUGUGAAAAUGGUAAAGUGGUAAAGGAGCGUGAAAGCCACAGGACGGCGAGAAUAUUCGGAGAUUCGUGAAUUUAGCUUUAUUAGGUGACAUUGAAAUUCCAGCCAGUCUUAAAUGUCUGCAGCUAUGGCUUCUUCUCGAGUUACUUUUAAAAUAAAAGGCACAACUGUUUCAGGUGAAUUUUUUGGCAUUUGUGGAAGUUCUGAAGCUCUUGGAUUAUGGUACCCCGAGAAAGCUGCAUUUCUUCAGCCUGACCGUAAUGAUUGCACAUUGUGGACUACUACAGUUAUCCUUCCAAGAAGUGUUCCAGUUCAGUAUCGGUAUUUCAGAGCUCAUAUACUAAAGUCAAAGAACACAGCUGGUUCUUGCCAGGUGAUAGUUAACAAGUGGGAGACUCAUCAACAGCCAAGAUCAUUAAAUCCAUCUGAGCCUGACUGCACCGUUGAAGAUGGACAGUUUGGAAUCCAUAAUGACAUUGAAAUGGUGGACUCUGGGUGGCUGACCUGUCAGACUGAAAUAAGACUGCGCUUGCAUUAUUCUGAAAAGGCACCAGUUUCCAUAUCAAAGAAGAAAUUUAAAAAUUCCAGGUUUAGGAUGAAGUUGAUGGUGGAAGGUCUAGAAAAUGAUGAUGGUGAUGAUGAUGAUGUGUCUCAUACCGCUUAUCCAGUAAUGACCUCAUUAGAGAUAAUAAUAUUAAGCAAUGAGGAAUGUUUGCUUCGCCACUCCCAGCCAGAGUGUGGUUAUGCCAUACAGCCUGAGCGAUGGACUGAAUAUUGUAUUCGUACCAUGGAACCUGACAACUUGGAGAUAAUUUUUGACUUUUUUGAGGAGGAAUUGAGUGAAGCAGUUAUACAAGGAGAUGUCCUUCCUGGACAUGUGGGCACAGCCUGUUUAUUGUCUUCUACUGUUAUGGAAAGUGGAAAGAGCAAUGGAAUGAUUACACUACCAAUAAUGAGCAGAAACUCAAGACAAGCGCUUGGAAAAGUACGAGUUGACUACCUUGUCAUCAAGCCAAUAAAAGAUUUUACAUGCAACAUGAAAGCAUCUUACUGCAAAUAUUGGAAACCAAGAAUGACAGUUGAUGUGGGUCAUCGAGGAUCAGGAAAUUCUACAACAGCCAAGCUUGCAAAACUAAGGGAAAAUACAGUUGCUUCCUUGAAAGAUGCAGCAAGUCAUGGGGCUGCUUAUGUGGAAUUCGAUGUGCAUCUUUCUAAGGAUUUGGUCCCAGUCGUAUAUCAUGAUCUAACUUGUUGUAUAUCAAUGAAGAAGAAAUUGGACAUGGACGAUCUAGAAUUGUUUGAGGUUCCUGUAAAAGAUUUUACCUUUGAACAGCUUCAGUUACUGAAGUUGGCUCACGUGACCGCAUUGAAGACAAAAAAUCAUAAAGUAUAUGCCGAAGAGGAAGACUAUAACUCGGACAACCAACCAUUUCCUUCUCUCCAGAACGUACUGGAGGUUUUACCAGAACAUGUUGGAUACAACAUUGAAAUCAAAUGGCCAGCUCAACAAAGGGAUGGUGUUUGGGAAGGAAACUUAUCAAGUUACUUUGACAUGAAUCUGUUCACAGAUAUAAUUCUUAAAUGUGUCCUAGAAAAUGGAGGACAACGAAGAAUAUUAUUUUCCUCCUUUGAGGGAGAUGUUUGUACAAUGUUUAGACAAAAGCAGAACAAAUAUCCAGUUCUGUUCUUGUCUCAGGGUUACUCUGAAAUCUAUCCUGAGCUUAUGGAUAUUAGAACUCGAACUACUCCGAUUGCUAUUCAUUUUGCCCAUUGUGAACAUCUUCUGGGCAUAAGUGCUCACACAGAAGAUUUGCUUCGAAGCCUAGAUUACAUUGCAGAAGCCAAAUCCAAAGGUUUGGUUGUAUUUUGUUGGGGUGAUGACACCAACGAUCCAGAAAACAGAAGGAAAUUAAGGGAGUGUAAAGUGGAUGGUCUGAUUUAUGACAGUAUAUGUGAAUCCUUGCCUGAACAGCCAGACAUUUUCAUGGUGGAACAAAUGGAACGUCUGAAGAAAGAGUUACCAGAAGAUACCCUAAGAAGCUGUUGUAGUUUGACCAAGUUCUGUCAUCUGUGCAAUUCUAGCAGGAACAACCUUAAUGAAAAUAUCUCAGAAAAUGCGAAAGAAGCUUGCAGCACUGAGUCAGACUCUGGGCUCAGUUCUGUCUCCACGUAACACUGAAGAGUACCCUCAACCACCCUGUCAGUCUUUCUUAGAUCUGUUAUUUGACCAUGGUUUUCUUUCAGUUUUCUGUUUUAGUCUGUCUUUAUUUUCUAAGCUUACAUUUGUUGAACCCACUGUAUAAUUUUUGUUAUUACUUAUUAAUGCCGUCAAAAUAUUUUGUUUUGCGGCAAGACAUGGUGCUUUCGUAAGGUUCAAGAGAGUAGUUUAAACUUUGAUAAUAUUUUAACCAUUUGUUGCUAGUUUUGCUUUGGAACUGGGUCAUAGUUUAGAAAAGUAGAUAGUGGAAGCAACAAUGAGUCUGCUUUAAAAGCAACAAUGAGUCUGCUUUAAAAGCUGUCAACUGAAACACCAUGUAACAAGUUUAACCUUUUACCGCUCUUUUGAAUACACAGUACUGUAAUAUUUCCAGACUGCAGAAGAGAAAGGCAAACGCACUAUGCAUGCCGUUUCACAAAUGCUUAUAAAGAAGUUGCAGUUAUGUAAUGGUGCUAAAAUUGCUUUUGGAUAGCAAUGUAGUUUACGUUUGUUGCUUUCAAAGGCUGAUGGUAGUGUCUUGUGUAAUGUUUUAAAAAUCUUGAAAUUGUAUGAUUAUGAUUAUUUCCAUCCUGAUUUUACUUGAGUCAGAGUGACCAGAUCUCUGGAAUGUUUAUGUAUGUAUGAGUGAAUAUUCAAAAUUACAUUUCAUAGUUUAGCUGAAAAAUGAAAAUAAUGUAAACAGUCAAUGAAAUGCAGUUUCUGUAUUAUUAAUCCUGUGAAAAGUGUCAAAUUCCUUAGCAAACUUAUUUUUGCUAGUGCAUAGUAUGUUAAGAUUGUGAUCUUUAUUUAGUUUAUUAUUACACUUAAGAAUUUUGUCCAUGUCCUUUCUUAAUAUGUCAGGAUUUGAGAUACCUGUUGUGUAGUUUUAUGUCUUAAAUGUUUCAUAACAUUUCUUUUAAGAAAUAUUUAUAGCGAUUUUGUUAUAUGCACUAUAACAGCACAUUGGUAUUUUGUGAGAGAUGCAGCUUUAACAUUGGUGAUGGUUAGACUACAUUGUGAUUGCACCCUUCUGGCAGCACUUUAGUUUGUCACUUAGUGGUUGGGCCACAGUCUCAUUUCAGUCUGGGUUUCCAUCUUUUUCAGUGAUGCAUGUGUAAUGUUUGCUUUGCAUUGGUUUAGGUUUCUAUUGUGUUGCAGUUCCUUAGUUCCUUUCUAGUUGUGUAGUGUCAAGUAUGCUUAAUAAUGCUAUGUUUACCACUGCAACCUCUGGCAUAUGAAGCAUCUGGGGAGGGGGGAGGCGUUGUGGCAGCAAGCACUCCUCUGUUAGCAAAUGAGUUUUUUUUUUGUUUUUUUUUUUCUAUUUAUCACAUACUGAAAACUCUGCUGCAAUUUUCAGUGUGAGAUACAUUUUGAAUGGCAUGGUUGUUUCCCCACUGACACUGAAAAAAUUGUAAAGACUUUUUUGAAGUUUGCGUAAGAAUGAAGUCUUUCAGGCAUCCGUAGUUUUCUUUUGAUAUUCUUUUUUUUUUUUUUACAGUAUGUUUUUUUUUUUUUUUGUAACAGAGUUCUAAACUUCAUUAGUGCUCAUAUGUAGCAGUAGCUCUGUAGUAGUACUGAAGGGGAUCAUGGUAUACAUUUAAAAUAAUGGUCAUAGAAAUGAACACCAAGAAAAAGCGUAAUGAACAGAGCAGGUUUGCAGUUGGUUUCUCUUAGGGUAUAUCGUUUUUAACCAGUGUUUGUGAAGUGUUCACACUUCUGCGGUACUGGUAAUCAUAAUUUCAGUAGUAGUGAACCGGAAUGCAUGUAUGACCUUACUACUUUUAGAUUCUGGCCUGUAGGCUGAGUUAUUUUACAUAUUGCUAAUAUGUCCUAAGGACCACUAUUAUCACUGUGGCAGCUUAGUUUCCAGAGGUCAUUGUUCACAAACUGCAGGCACUCUUUUUCUUCAAAUAAAUUGUUAUGUUAAAGGAUGACUAGGUAGGUGUAUAGAUACAUUGAUGUCAUCAAUGAUUGCUCCAGGAUGAUCAGUUAUCAUUAGAGAUUUUCUUUAUUUGUAACAGAACUUGAAGUAGGUUUUGUGCGUGUCUGUGUGUGUGUGUGUCUGUAUGUAUGUAUAUAUAUAUAUAUAUAUAUAUAUAUA